AUGUCAGCCGAGCUCAACUUCGAUGAUGGAUGGCAGAACAGAAUACUGCGGAUCUGGGAUGAACUGGCCCAGGAUAAGACGGGACCAUUCAGGUCAACCUUGGCAGGAUAUCGAGUAAGUUCGAUCGGUGGCUCGCGACACUUCUUCAAGGGCAUCCAUCUCUUGCGGACUGACAGGAAACGGAAGACGAAGCAUGAAGGAAACAGAGAACGGGCUACGUGCGAGUGUUUAACUCAGCGUCCCUUCGCUGUGGAGGACUUCAAUUUCACCCACGUCCGUGACGAUGAAAUCAUAGGUAAGUUCCCUGCUAGUGGCUUUCGUCCAUAUCCUAGGUCAGGGACUUUCGGUGUCGGAGCUCACGCUCUUCUCGUUAAUGUAUCCCCUCUCGCGUACGGUCAUUGCCUUUUAUGUCCGGAUCACAAGGCCUGCAGGCCGCAGGUUCUCUCCCUGGAUGCGCUGAAGCUCGCUGUAGCUUUUGCACGGGCCUCAGAUGCUGAUAGAGGCGAUAUGAAAGUGAUGUUCAACUCUCUAGGAGCCUGGGCAAGCGUGAAUCAUCUGCACUUCCAUGUUUUCUGGCCAUCGGGGCGGCAGGAUCUCGACUCCUCCACCGGACUUACCCCACUUCAGUAUCACUCGACACAGCAGAGCGUGUUCUGGACUCUGGAGGGCGCAUGA